AUGUCUCUAACUCAACUCAAAGGUGCCACUGUUUACCUUGACGAGUCUCAAGGUAUCAGUAUUGAAGCUGUCAUCAAAGACCAGGAUGAGGAGGUCGAGUCACUACUCAACAGUUUUGAUGUCAACAAUCAGGCUGCAUGUGGCGCCCUGCAUCCCGUCAGAGUCACCAAUGAGGCUGUUCCUCUACCAUUAAAAUCCAAGAAGAUGGCUGCCAGACUAGUGGACCAUGGCCAACUCUCUUCGAGCCUCAAAACAGCAUCGGCUGGUGUUGUGGUAGACACCACUCUGUCAGAUUAUCAGCGGUACAUCUCGUUUUGUCUCUGGAACCAUGUCAUUAACAUGUGUCAUAUCCCGCAUUCCGGACCUUCGUCCGAUGAUGUUCCCACACCUUCCGGAUGCACAUCCGGACCUCCAUACCCUUAUCCAUGCCUUUAA